AUGCUUUCUAAACAGACCCUAAAUUUAAUUGAAAAAACAAAUAUUUUUGAAAAUUCAAUUAAAUGGAUUGCCUCAAAAGAAAAUGAAAAAAUAUCAAAAUUAUCUACAAAUGAGGCUCUAAAUUUAAUUGGAAAUAUAAUUUUCUUUGGGAAUUUGUUUAAAAAUUGUUUAUCCGUUUGUUUGUUGGAUUGGGCCUAUUUAGUUAAUAGAAUAUUGAAAUAUUGUGCUUUUAUUGUUACUGAUAAUAAGAAAAGUAAUUGUUGGCAUCACCCUUUGCUUGGAUGGACUUCUGAAAGAAUUGACGGAGGUUAUCAAUGGGCAUUUACCCGAAUGAUUAAACAAAUAUCUUUACUUUGGAGUAAAGAAAUGGUUGAAUUUCUUGCUAUAAAAUUUUUUACAAAUUUUGAUGAAGCAAAAUUGGCACAGCAACAAAAUAUGAAUAAAAGAAAAGAUUCAAAAUCUUUUGCAGAAAUUCCAACAUUUCCAACAAUAGACAACAAAUUAACUUCAGAUUUUUUGCAAAAAUUUAUUGGCAAAUUUGGUUCAAAAAAACACCAAGAAACUGUUGGAAGUAUACAAGCUGUUGCUCUACCUCCUUUUACUUCACCAAUAAUUUUUUGUCAACUUUAUCAAAAUGCUUUGUUGGCUUUUUAUAAUUCGAGGAUUGAAAUACUUUCAAGUUUAUCUCGCAACGAUUCUCUCGUUUUGGCCAAAUUAUGGCAUUAUAUAAACCCCGAUGUUAGCAAUACAGAAGGCUUUAAAACAUGUUUGGGCUAUUUGGUAACUGACCCAAGUGUAACCUCUCCCCAUUUUGCUCCACUUCAACUUUUUGGGGAAAUUGCUUAUUCUUUAAUUUCAAUUUUAGACGAAAAGGAAAUGUAUGAAACUGAGAAGCCUUUUACUAGAAUACAACUUUGCCAAAUUGCAACUUUUGCCAAUCGGUUUUGUUUUCAUGCAAUUUGGGAUUCGCUUAUAGACUUUGAAAAUCGAAGGUCUUCAUUACUUUUCACCAGUAUGUAUAAUCUACUAAAUAUCCUUUUUAAUCGUGAUUGUAGAAGACAAUUUACUCCAUCAAAAAAUUUUUGGACAAUUCCAGAAAUUAGUUUCAAAGCAUUUGUGACUGAAUUUGAAAGGAAUGAAAUUUCUAAAAGAGCACAACUUUUAAUGGAAAAAAUGCCUCAUAUAAUUCCGGUUAAUUUUUUUUAA